GCCAAGCAAAGUCUGCAGGCUUGCAUUGAGAGAGGAAAAGAGAGAGAACAAAGGAAGAUUAAGCUGUUCUGACGGAAACUUCUUCAUCCUCUCCGCCUCACAAUUUAUAGUCAUCCCUAACAGAUACUUGGAUCUUCUUUUCUCCAUCAAAAGCUCAAAAGGCAUCUUUUUCAAAGUUAUUGAAGACUUUUUCAGCCUUUCUGCAGCCAUGGGAUACCUAUCAAGCCUUCUUCCAUGUGGCUACAGCCACAGGAAGAGGAAGUCAUUCCAGACAGUAGAGCUCAAAGUGAGGAUGGACUGUGAUGGCUGUGAAUACAAAGUGAAGAAAUGCCUCUCCUACAUGAAAGGAGUUCAGUCAGUGGAGAUAAACAGGAAGCAAAAUAAGGUUACAGUGGCUGGUUAUGUUGAGCCAAACAGGGUGCUGAAGAGGGUUCAGGCCACAGGGAAGAGAGCAGAGAUAUGGCCUUACGUUCCUUAUAACGUGGUGAUGCACCCAUAUGUAAGUGGGACCUAUGACAAGAAGGCUCCGGCUGGGUAUGUGAGGAAUGUCGAGGCUAUCACAGCUACAGGCCUUGCGGUAAAAGAGGAGGAACGGUUCACCAAUUUAUUCAGUGAUGAUAACCCAAAUGCCUGCUCCAUCAUGUGAAAGGAAAGAAAUCAAAAGUAGAAUGUUUCUUUUCAUGGCGUCUAUGUAAUAGGAGUAAGAGGUACAGGAUAUAGUUGUGUGAGAGACUAAGGGCAUAUUACCAUGUUUACCUUAGCAUUGGUGAAUUUUCUUCGUUUUACAUAUAUAAAUAGAUAUUGGUUUAUUUUCCACGGAUCUGCAGGAGAUUUUGAGACACGGCAGG